AUGGUCACUCUCUUCACCACCAUCACUUCGCUCAACAGCACCUACACCUCGUUGGUCUCUGCCGUCGCCGACUACGCCAACCAAUCCUGCUCCCUGGAGGACGAGUCUCUCCGCGUGCCCCUGGCUGUCCUCUACACCUUUAUCUUCAUUUCGGGCCUGGUGGGGAACCUACUGGCUCUUUGGGUCUUCCUGUUCCUUCACUCUCGUCGCAACUCUGUCCGCGUCUUCCUGAUCAACGUGGCGUUUGCAGACCUGCUGCUGCUGGCCUGCCUGCCGUUCCGCAUCGCCUACCACUCCAUGGGCAACUCCUGGGCCCUGGGACCUCACAUGUGCAAAGUGGUGGGAAACCUGUUCUACAUGAACAUGUACAUCAGCAUCACUCUGCUGGGCCUCAUCAGUCUGGACCGGUACCUGAAGAUCCAGGGCGUGCGGAGGUUCAAGGGUCGCUGCUGCAGGCUGUGGCUGAGGAGGAGCCGCUGGAGCGUGGUCACCUGUGGCCUGCUGUGGGCCUUCUCCGUGACGGCGGUGGUCCCCAUGAUCGCUCUGUCCGAAGGGAACGAGGAACCCGGGAAGUGCUUCCAGUACAAGCAAAGGCAACAGGCCCGUGGGAAGGCCUACUUCAACUAUUUCAUGGUGGCCAUAUUCUGGUUGGUGUUUGUCGUGCUGGUCGCGUCGUACGGGCAGAUCGCCUUGCGCCUGCUGCGGACGUCGAAGGACAAGCCGGACCUGCCGAACGCGAUGCGGUACGGCCGCACGGCCAAGAAGUCGUUCGUGGUACUGGUGCUGUUCACCGUGUGCUUCGCGCCAUACCACGCGUUUCGAGGCAUUUACGUCCACUCCCAGCUCAACGACACGCCGUGCGAACGCCGUCGCCUCAUGGACCGCACCAACGAGGUCAUGUUGCUUUUCUCCGCUCUCAACAGCUGCCUCGACCCCGUCAUGUACUUUAUGCUGUCCGGAUCCGUGCGCAAGGCAACCGUGCAAGCCAUCUACCGUAUCUUCCAGCUGCCGAAGAAAGCCUCGGAGACAACGAACAGCUCCACGACAGAGUGUCGGAGGACCUCGCUCUCCCAAGCCUCGACCACGGUGCUGGCCACGCCACGCGGGAGUCUGGGUUUCAUCUUCAACCGUUGCGUGUAUCCCCCUCCCGAAUCCGGGGAUGACAAUGCUUACCAGCACGGUCGGGCCGGUUUGCAGAAACCAAAAUGA